CCCUCAGCAUCAGCGGCGUAAAGAGCCUUUACUGCCUCCGUACUCCGCCCUGGAGCCACCGUUGCGCCGUGAGCGACCACCAGAAACCCCAAUUUUCUCUCCGUCUAUGGAGAGGGAGGAGUCAAGAAGUUGAAAAUUGAAUAGAAUUGCUUAAUAUGGCCUUAAAUAGCCAAGCAUCUCUUUCUAGUGUUUCUGGUCUUUCCUAUUAUUCUGAUCCUGCUCAAGCUCCUGCUUCUUAUUGUGGUAAGACUGCCAUGCAGGAAAAUGAGAAGGACAGGCACAAUCAUGAAGAACUUUCUGGUUUUAUAUUUAUGUGUAAUGGAAGAACAAAACCACAAUGCUACCAAUACCGUGUUUUUGGACUUCCUGCUGGGAAAAGGGAGGUUCUUGCAAAAAUCAAACCAGGCAUGAAGCUCUUUUUAUAUGAUUUUGAAGUGAAGCUUCUCUAUGGAAUUUAUGAGGCAGCCUCUAGUGGACAGUUGAAUUUGGAAGAGGCUGCUUUUAGUGGGAGGUUUCCUGCACAGGUGAGGUUCAAGAUUUAUAAGGAUUGUUUACCUUUGCUGGAGAGUUCUUUUAGACAGGCCAUCGAGUAUAACUAUCAAAAGGGCACUAAGUUCAGCCAAGAACUGAACAAGCAUCAAGUAAGCAGUCUACUCUCAUUGUUUCGCCCAUUAGUGGUGUCAGCACCAAAUUCUUUGCAGCCCAUGCCUCUUUCAGUUAAGGAAAAACAAUCAGGGCUGCCUUUCCCGGGGCCUCAAUAUGCUGGGCUGCAUCAACAUGUUAGGCAGAAAGGCCUUGAGCAGCAUGAUUGUUACAGACCUCUAUUGAACACAGGUCAUGCCCAUCUGUCAGUGAGACAUCAAACUGCAUCAGCUUUAAAGGUGCCUGCACAAGUGGAUACAAAUGGAACUAGCAUGCUCCAAAGUCAUCUUCAACCAGUUUUAUGGCCCAAAAAUAUUCCACAUGGGGUUCUACCUUCACAGGAAUCACACCAUGCAAAUAUGACCCACACUUAUCUGGCUAUGGAACCACUAGCUCUGCCAACAACAAGUGAUCAAUAUUAUGGAGCUGGUACAAAUAUGAGCCAUGCUUAUCCAGCUAUAGAGUCACAACCUCUCUCAAGAACAAGUGAUCAAUAUUACCCUUCAGAACCUCUGCAGGCAUAUGUAGUUGGAAACCCUGCUGAAGCCACGGCAGUCCCUUUGCCAACACAGAGUGGUCAAUCUCAUUCUGCAGAACUUCAGCAGCCAUAUGUAGCUGGAAAUCCCACUGAAUCUAUGUCAGACCCAUAUACCAGUGGGAGCUUGGAUUGUUGGAAUUGGUGGCUUUUGCUUAAGAAAGCAGUCUACAAAAUUGUUACUUGUGUGGCUAAAUCCAGCCAUAAUAAGAUUCCAAGUUCUUUUAGCUGCUUGCCAGAACAAAAGAAUUACUGAUGAUUCCAAUCUAACUUUUUAAUUCUUUUUUUUUAAAUUUAUUUUAAAUGUAUUGGUGGGAGCUUGGAUUGUAGGAAUUGGUGGCUUUUGCUUAGGAAAAGAAUGUUACAUGAAUACGCCUUUGUUUGGCAAGCAGUCUACAAAAUUGUUUCUUGUGUGGCUAAAUCCAGUCGUAAUAAGAUUCCAAGUUCUUU